AUGAUGAUGGGCGACCACAUCGCCGAGCAGAUGAACUUGGAGGCAUCUGCGGGCGAGAGGGGCUCGCCUGUGUCUGGGUCGACUAGGGUUCUGAGCACCACGAUCAGGAACGGAAGCAGAAGAGACGUGGUGAAGAGCGGGAUGGCCUCUGUGGCCCACAACAACGAAGCGCACACAAGAACGGCCAGACAGUUUUUCUGUUGCGGGUUGUCUAACGGCGAGAAGUUGAGCAGCGUCACGGUCACCAUGGCGAUGAAGAGGAUCUUGAACGCGUUGCCCGACAAGACGGGAGCAGGGAUGGUGAUUUUGCGGCCGGCACCGAGAUGGAUAUCGAACUUCUCGAUCGGGGCCGCGCCCACGUCCGCGACGACGGACUUUUGCACGCGCGCAGCCUGCGACUUGCGCUCCAUUCCAAUCAUGUUUCUCCAAACGGUGUUUCUCUCCCAAACAAUGUACUCUCUGAGAUUCGAGCGGAGCUCCUCCUUGGCAGACUCCUCGUUGCCUGCAGUGAACACGGAGUAG